UCCGUAGACUUCACUCUCAACGCAAAGAAAAUCACUUUAUUUAGCGGUUCUUUGCAUUACUUCCGAUUACCCAAAGACUACUGGAAGGACAGGCUAUUGAAGUUCAGGGCCGCCGGACUUAACACAGUGCAAACAUACUCGCCAUGGAAUCUACACGAGGAGACCCCCGAUAACUGGGACUUCGAGACGGGUUACCUGAAUCUGAAGGACUUUCUCGAGGCUGUCAAAGCCGCCGACAUGUUUGUCAUGUACCGGAUCGGGCCCUACAUGUGCGGUGAGUGGGACUUAGGGGGUUACCCCUCGUGGUUGCUCAGGGAUCCCAACAUGAAGUUUCGGUCCAACUAUAAGCCACACUUGGAUGCGACGGAGAAGUACUAUAAGAAAAUACUGGACAUUAUUAACGACUACCAGUUCACGAAAGGCGGUCCCAUAAUAGCCAUGCAAUUCGAGAACGAGUUCGGAGGCAUUCAUAACGACAACGAUAAGCAGUACUUCCAGUUCAUGAAGAAUGUCAUC